AUGGACACGACGAAAGCAAGAUCAUGGAGAUGUGUCAAGAUAUAUUGUGGCGUGACCGUGGCAAUAAUUACCAUCUUCAUCGUUGUUUCUAUAAUCUUAUAUUUCACGGUAUUUAAGCCAAAAGACCCGCGAAUCAUAGCGCACCCGACAAACCUUGAAAACGUGCAAUUCCAACUUUACCCAAAUGUAAGCAUAAACGCGACCCUAGUUCUAACCAUGACGAUAGAUAAUCGUAACUAUGGGGGGUUUGAGUUUAAGGACUCGGUUGCUUAUGUCUACUAUAGGGGGAUGUUAAUAGGUGAGGUCCCAAUCGAGCACUCAAAGGUUCCCGCUCGUGGUAGUUUUACGAUGACAACAUAUGCGAAUAUUACCGGGGGUAAAAUGGCCACCGAUCCUGAUUUCUACAACGACAUUGCAUCGGGUACUCUUAAUUUUACCUCGACGACGUCGAUGCAUGGGAAAGUAAGCGUUUUGAAGAUCGUAAAGGUGGGAGCGAAGGUCGAUAGUUUUUGCGAUAUUUGUGUUCACAUUUUGACACAAGAAGUCGACCCCGUAUGCCAUUCAAAGGUGGAGUUCUAA